AUGGCAGCCUCCAGCGACCUGCAGACUCUGCAGCUUGAGAAUCGGAACCUGCAGCAAAAGCUCGACUGGAAGCAGCUCAAGAUCAACCAGCUCGAGACGAAAGUUCGCGAUCUCCGCGGCGGCGGCCUCGCCGCCGACCUCGGGCGCCUCGAGCGGUCCAUCGGCCGCCUCUCGCUGCAGAUGGAGCACGUCCAGCUCGUCAUCAAGAGACCGGAGUGGUCAUUUCACACCUUUGCGAUGCCGGAGACCACCGCCUCAUCGGCGCACACCAUCUUCGUCCGCCCACCCAGCGGGGACAGGAUCGAGGUGACCAUUCCGCCGGGGAAGCAGCCGGGCGAGCUCUUUACCGUGAUGCUCAAGGACGAGGACGCGUACCCCACGGACUGGCCGUGGUUCGCGGCGCCGCCCGCGGCGCCCGCGCACUCCGCGCCGCCGCCGUGGGCGGCGGAACAGCAGCAGCAGCAGCAGCAGCAGCAGGAGAACGCAAACCCAGAGAGCGCAGAAGACCGAGACGCGCGCGUGAGGCAGCGGAGGGCAGAGCAGCGGCGUGCAUCCCGUGCCGCAGAGACCCUGCGGCGAGGCGGCGAACCAGGAAGCCACGCCAACCGCUAUGGCCAGGGCGACGGCUCCUCUUCCCCCACGCACGAGCGGGGGGAGUGA